AUGAAAAUUUGUUUAAAAAUAAAAAGGGUUCUACUUCUAUGUUUUUUUCUGGCUUUCACAAAUGUAGUCUCAAAAAAUGCUUCUAAUAAUUAUAGCAAAUUUGGGCGAGAUAAAUAUGAUCGUUUGAAGGGUGUAACAUUACAUUUCUCCCAUGUCUUGCCUCAUAACAAUGGUGUUAAGAAUAAACAUAUUCUAAGGAAGGAUUGGAUGUUCAUUAGUUUGAGCAAUCAUGAAAAGUGUAGAACGAAAACAAAAAAAAGAAAAUACACCAGUUUUGAUGGAAUUACAAGUGAACAUAAUGCAGGAACAUUUCAGAGGGGUAAUAUUUUAUGUAAUAAGAAAAUGAAAUUAAUAAUUCAGUUGCUAAAUAGAACCAAGUGGUACGAUUUCAAAUUUUUUUCCCCAGCAAAAAUUAAUUUGUUUUUACGACUAAAGGAACGAAAAGAAACACACAAUGAAAUAUCAACAUUAAUGCAUUCGAUAAAUUUAGGUGAUGAUAUUUUUAUUACAUCUUUAAGCAGAGAAGAUCAAAGAAAAUUAGAAAAAUUGUUAUUUCCAUGCCAAUCUGGUGAUUUCUUAACUAUAAAAAAAACGAAAGAGCAUGAUGUAUUACAUGAAAAUAAAAUAAAAUGUCUAUGGGACAAAGAAAAAGACGAGCAUUAUUUUUACAAUAAUUAUCCAUUAAAUGAUGAUAAUAUAAUUGCAAAAAUUUUAAAACGAUAUAGAGAAGAAUUAAAUAUAAAUGAUGAUAUAAAAUUUUUAGUUCAUAUUAAUAAAAGGAGUCCCAUAUUUAGUGGAAUUGGCGGAGGUUCCUCUAAUGGAGCCUCUGUUUUUUAUUUCUUAGAAAAUUAUUUCUAUAAAUUUUUAAAAACAGAUCAGUUACGAAACGAAUUUUUAAAAAAAAUAGGUAGUGAUAUAUCUUUUUUUAGUAGUUCAGGUUUUGCAUAUUGUACUGACAAGGGAAAUUAUGUUAUCGAUUUAAUUGAUGCCCAGGCAACAAUAUCAGAUCGGAGAAUAUAUAUUUUUCAAAUAAAUGAGGGAUUAUCAUCUAAGUUAGUUUAUCAAAAUGUUAAUUAUAACAACAUAGUGCAAUAUAACCCUGUUAGUUUGUUAAAACAUUUUAUAAUUAAUCCGGUGGGGUGUAAUAUUAUUAACCAUAUUGAAGAGAAGGAGUUCAAUUAUUUGAAGCAUUUUGUGUCGUUUGACCAUACAGAACUGAAGAAUAUGUUUAUAAAUGACUUAGAACAUUCUGCGUUUCUUUUACUUAAGAAGGUGAAAUAUUUAAAGGACUUUUUAAUGAAUCAAAAUAUUUUUGACGCUGUAGCGAUGAGUGGUAGUGGUUCAUCAUUAUUUGCACUAACAAAAAAGAAUAUGAGUUUACAUAAGGAGAAAAGACACAUGAAAAAUUUGAUUAAGGACGUACAAAGAAAGUUACAUUUAAAUAUAAAGGCUUAUCUGUGCAGUUUUUUACGAAAGCCGAAACACCUCUGGUAUAAGCCAAGUCAAGUCGCAGAAAUGAUGGCCUAA